AGAGCCAUCCGCGCAUGUGCAUGCCGAAGCGGCUGAGACCGAGGGGGUCCUCCGGCGGCUGGGAGCGGCGCGCGCAUGCGCAUUAGGCGGGCUGGCGGUGGAGGGGAAUUACAAUGGAAGAUGAGGAGGUCGCCGAGAGUUGGGAGGAGGCGGCCGACAGCGGGGAAAUAGACCGGCGGCUGGAAAAGAAACUGAAAAUCACGCAGAAGGAGAGCGGGAAGUCCAAAUCUCCCCCCAAAGUGCCGAUUGUCAUUCAGGACGACAGCCUUCCCUCGGGUCCCCCUCCACAGAUUAGGAUCUUAAAGCGGCCCACGAGCAACGGGGUGCUCAGCAGUCCUCACUUGGCUAACCGUCCGGCUUUCCCGGUGAAGUCGCUGGCCCAGAGGGAGGCGGAGUAUGCGGAGGCCCGGAAGCGAAUUCUAGGCAGCGCGAGUCCGGAAGAGGAACAAGACAAGCCCAUCCUCGACAGGCCCACGAGGAUCUCCCAGCCGGAAGAUGCCAGACAGCCCAGCAACGUGAUCCGGCAGCCACUGGGUCCAGACGGCUCCCAGGGCUUCAAGCAGCGCAGAUAGGCAUGGGUGGCCGACUCGGCAGCUCGGAAGCAGGGUUGUCCCCCGGCCCGGAUUGCGCUACCGCGAACGCGGACAAACAGACUGGAGCAGGGGGACCUCCUCCCCCCCAGGGUUCCUUGCACUGUGACCCCCUCUGCUCUGCCGACUGUGCCCUUCAGCCCCCUGCACUGUGACCCCCGCUUCACCCACUGCGGUUGGUGCACUGAAGAGGGCCGUCCCAAGCCCCUGCCCCAGGGAGUGGGGAGCAGGGCAGGCGUCUCCACUGAGCGCAGGGCCGGCACCAGCAAUAAGGACCGCCGCUUCGGCAGACAGGCCUGGCGGGGACUGGAGGCGAGAGGUGGGGGCUGCUGCUUGAACCGUGCAUGUUUGUCCAUGUUGCUUUCGGGACAAAUUCUGUUCACGCGGGGGCGGGUGGGGUGAGUGCGCAGGUGGUUGUUUGCUUUUUGGGAAAUGGAUGGUGUUGAAGCCAAAAGUGCAUGAGAAGAGGCAGGGGGGGAGGGGAGUUAGGCUUUUAACUUGUUUCUCUGAGAAGGGGUAGUCCGUAGAUUGUUAGGGGGGGGAGAAGCUCCAUGAGGAGCACAUGCUGGGGCCGACGGGUGGGACGUGGUGCGCUUGAUCCGCAUCCGGGCCCCCUCUGCUGCUAAGCGAGUGGAAUGUGGGGUGCGGCUAAGCCACGCCCCUACCCAAGGCAUGCCCGCGGCUCUUGCCUUGAAGUACCUGAGCUGGUAUCAGCCUUACCGGGGGGGAGGGAUGAAAGGGAAUGCGCCUCGUGCCCCUCUUCAGGAGAGGGGAGAGCCAGCCCUGGCCUGCUGGCGCUGCUGCCAGGCAAUGGACUGGGGGCGGGCGCUGGGGCCGCAGGGACUGUGGGCGAGGAACAAAUGGGUUGAGUCCCGUGGCCAUUUUGGGCGAUGCUUGCGCUGGCCAGGCAGGUCAGGGGGCGGGCUGGCUCGUGGCCCUGUAGCUCCGAGGGGGAGGGCCUGGUUCUGGACGCGGUGACUUCCCUCCGGAAGGCACAGUGGGGUUCACAGGAUAGUAGGAGGCAGCAUUCCUCCUCAGACAAAGUGGAUGCAGGUGAUCGGCAAGACUCCUGGCAGGAAUUGGUCGCUUUGGCUUUAGUCUGUCCUAGACAGAAAUGGUGGGCUUUCCCUUUACUGUAACAAGAAGACCCACCCCUCCCCUCCCCUCUGGAAUUUCCCCCUGAAAGCUGGGGGCAGAUUCCUCUGGGGUGGUGGCAGGUUCCUGCAGCACCCAUUGGCUGGGCCUUCCCUUGACCUCUCUAGCAGCCAUAUUGGGGGUUUGGGCUCUAGGCCCUCCCCAGCACCACCUUCCAAGUGAUCCUGGGCUAGCUGGUUUCACCACUGUGUUUCCAGAGUCUGCCUUUUUGUGUCUGGUUUCAGAAGAUGCCGCAGGUGUGGAAGGGAUGCCCCCACUUAAGCUUGCAGUGAAUGUCAGGCUCUUAAGCUUCUUCUCUUCGACUGGAAUGGAAGUGGAACUUUGCCUGAGUCGGGUCAUGUGGGGUCGGGGCGAGGGGAGGAGUCUCUUUGUACGUCAGAUUGAGACAUGUACAAAAAUAUUGCAAAGCAAAUAACUGGUUGAGGAAAAUUAAUAAUAAUAAAACUACCUGUGUACAAAAAGCGAAGACGUGAUUGACCAUCGCUGUUUCCCUGGAGGCCCACUCUGCCCUCUUCUGCUCUUUCGGCUGAGUCCUCUAGGCCAGUGGCUCGUGUGAACCCCCUCCUCUUGGAAUGACAGUGGGGGGCUGAGAUCGAGGGCGGUUGGGUCACUUUGAUUUUUGCAUCCCCUUCCUCCAUCCUCCUUUCUGCUCCAGGCCUCCAGCUUUUUCAGAGGGACAGUCGUACCUCCCAGGUAGGGUGGGGCAAGGGGGAAGUGGGUGGAAGAGAAUGGGGCCAAGAAACCUCCAAAGGGAAGAAGGGGAAUAACGGCGUAAGCAAUAAUGGGGUCAGUCACCAUGCCUUUCCUUAACUCCGUUUUGGGCUGGGCAACAUCCUCUCCGGCUGCCUGUGGCAUCUGGACAGGCCCCCUCCCCUCUGCUCACAGGUGAAGCACACGGCCCUGUUGCUGCCACCGCCACGAAAGGCAGUGAGGGAUGUCGCUUCUCUGCCCAUGUAGCCAUACUCACCUGAGGGCCCUGGCUGGCCUGCAGGCGGGCAGACAGGGUCCCUCUAGCUGUCUGCCACCCAGAGCCCCUUGGGGUGGACGCCGUCCUGUUCAGCAAUCAGUGCUGGAAUCAGUUCAGAGUCCUCUUAGGGCGGGGGGGGGGCUUGUUCUUAGGGGCACUUUAGAGUGUGUGUGUUUACACAUGACAAAGGAGUGGCCACAUCGGCCCAUGACCGUCCUAAAUAU